AUGCCCUCUUCGCCCACCCAAAGCAGCCCACAGGCCGCCCAAGCCGACCACAUCGACGAACAAGGCCUCCUCUCCACAAACAACAAGCUCCUCCACCCAGGUCAAUCCUUCCAGAUCAUGACGCUCGCGACUGGGGAGCGCGUGCCCACCGGCACGGUCGCGGGCUUGUUGUGCAAUUUAAAGGCUUAUGAUGCGCUUGUUGAGGCCGAGGGGGCCGAGGGGACCGAGGCCGGAAGAGAGCGAACCGGGGCUGGAAGAGACGGAACUGGGGACGGAAGAGAAGGAACCGAAGCCACAAAGGCUGCAGCAGAAGCCACAAAAGCGCAAAAAGCGCAGCUAGAGCACGAGAUCCGGCUAGCGCUGCCCCUGCUGCACAAAGUGGGCAUGUUCGAGCUAUUCAGCGUCGAGGAAUGGGGUGGAGGAAGAGCGACGGCGGGGCGGAAGUUCGUAGCGCGCGAGGCGCGGAAGUUGGGGUAUUGA